AGUUGUUACUUAUUAGUCCGUAUUCGAAUGUUAUCUCUAGUUUUUUAUAAAACUGUUUCAGACAUCUUCAAGGAACCUCUAUAGAAUAUAAUAAUAGUAAAGGUUUUUAUAUAGUUAUUCUGUGAUAUAAAAUGCCGGUGAACGAGAAUGUAAUUCUUCUUGACAUUGAAGGAACAAUUACAUCAAUUAGCUUUGUUAAAGAUACAUUAUUUCCGUAUGUCACUAAAGUCCUAGAGGAUUACAUAGAAAAAUACUGGGACGAUGAGAGUUUUCAACAAGAUUUAGAAUUAUUACGCGCACAAGCAGUUAUUGAUUCUAAUGUUGAAGGAUUUGUCCCAAUAUCUACAGGCGACAAUGCAAAGACAUCGGUUAUCAAUAAUGUAUUAUGGCAGAUGACCAACGAUAAGAAAACUACUGCUCUAAAGCAAUUACAAGGUCACAUAUGGAAAGAUGGAUAUGAAAGUGGUCUUCUAAGAGGUCAUUUAUAUGAAGAUGUAUUACCAGUUUUAAAUAAGCUAACUGACUUUGGUAAAAAGAUAUACACUUACUCUUCUGGGAGUACAAAAGCUCAAGAGUACUUAUUUCAAUAUUCCAUGUACGGAGAUGUGUCUGGUAUAUUUCUAAAAUAUUUUGACACUAAAAUGGGUCCAAAAGGCUCAGAAACUAGUUAUAUAAAUAUUGCUAAUGAGAUAAAUGUAAACUGUAGUGAUAUUUUAUUCUUAACUGAUGUAGUAGUUGAAGCAGAAGCAGCUGUAAAGGCCGGUUGUAAUUCAAUUCUUUUGGUAAGACCUGGCAACGCGCCUUUGGAUCCUGAGAAAAGUUCAAAGUUUAGAAUUAUAAAGACACUAGAUGAAUUAUUAGAAACCGAGUAAGAACAUAGGUACAAAAAAAAAAAAUAAAGUUUUUAAAUACAUAUCAUUAUUAUUUACAAAUGUUACAUUUAUAUUUUAUUAAUUAUUCUUAUAAUAUAGAUUAAAAAUAUAUGUACAUUUUAUAGAUUUUAAGUAAAGUUUAUCAAUAAGUAAAGUCUAUCAAUUUCUAACAAUUAAAUCUAAAUUUCAAAUU